UCUGUAAAGAGAUAUAUGGAAUGAACGUGGAACCUGAUUUAUACUUGUUUGUGAAUGAAAAGUAUGAUAAAUUUGGAGGAGAGGGUAAGAAAAAUCAAGAGUUUGGUCUUAGGGACCGAGACCGAGAGAGUGAAAGAUAAGCAAGCAAAAGAGAUGAUUAGAUCUACUGUCUCUGAUACAACUGGACUUAGGAAAGGAACAUGGACACCAGAGGAGGACCAGAUAUUGAUUGAUUAUCUCACCAGAUAUGGCGACUCGAAUUGGAGCCUUCUCCCCAAGUUAGCAGGUUUGGAGAGGAGUGGAAAAAGUUGCAGGUCAAGGUGGAUGAAUUACUUAAGGCCAGGUAUGAAAAGAGUGAACAACACCCAAGAAGAAGAUGAGACUAACAUGGUAAUUUGUGGUGAAAGUGAAAGUGAAAGUAUGAUCUCAGAAAAGGAUCGAGUGAUAAUGGAAGAGCUUGUUAAGGGCCAGGAAGCUGCUACCCAACUCAAGGUUCUUUUAGAGAACCCCAUUGGGAGUGAAGACUCUCUCUCACUCUCACCAGAGCAACUCUUGGAGAAUGUGCUCUCAUCUUUCUCACAAACUAUUUCUAUCAUUAAAGCCUCUUCUUUCCAUUCACCUCCUCCUGCUCCUGCUCCUGCACCUCACGUUCCCGGUUCCACCAGUUAUUCAAUGUCUGGAGAUUGCAGUGUAAAUUGGAACAGAUCCCAACAGGGUCAAAGGGAUGAUGAAAGACUGCAUGAAGGAUCAGAUCACGAAAUGCAGAAUCGGGAGUAUGAUAGCUUACAUAAUCAAUUUCGAGGAAAACAGAAAAUGGAUUUUGAAAGAUCAUGGUCCUUAUUAACUACAAGUUCUGACAGAAACACUGAUAUGUCAAAUUCACACGACUAUUCUGGUCCCUCUUAAAUUUAUCAUCUAUAGUUUCCAUUACAAA